AAGGAAAGAAACGUCCAAUAUUUUUUUUUAGCUGGACAUCCCGUUACGGUCUAGCUCCAUCUGAUUAAUUUGUAUAGAGUCUGCGGUUGCCCCGCAACUGCCUUUCGCGUUCAUCAGGCACGUUCGCAACUUCAGAUCAAUCCAAUCUCCCACCAACUGAAUUAUACGCACCGACGUCCUCAUCUACCUCCGAAUACAUUUAUAUUACCGCAUAAACUUUCGAUAUGUCUUCUUUCGAACCCUCGCUAUCCACCAGUGGCAUGCGACCGCCAUUGGCAUCUGCAGAAGCUCCGUCCAUGGCAGAUUCUCUCCCGAGCCUCAAUUUCGGUUUCGAAGAUUUGCGAAGCCGAAUGGCGCAAUUCACAGCAAAGUUUGACGCGUUCAUUGAAAAAGGACGGAAACAGGUUUUGCAGGAACGUAAUCAGUUUCAUAGCAAUUUGGCCGAGCUUCAGAAGGACUAUGAUAUGAAGCAAAAUGAUGUUAAGAUCUUAACAUCAAAAACCCAAGAUCACCAGCAAACCAUCCAGAGGGAAGCAGCCGAAGCCGCAGAAAUCCAUGCACAUAUUUCCUCAAUCACACUCGAACGCGACAACCGACUGGCGAAACGGGACAGACUGAAGCGACAAAUUGCAGAAACACAGAAUGCAAUCGAUCAAAAACUACAGGCGCAAAAGGCGCACGCUCAAUAUCUUGAUUCUCAAGCACGACUAAACGUUCCCGAGCUAGAGUUUUGGCAGGAUUAUCUUUGUAUGCGAAUUGAAGGCGCCGGGCGAGAAGAUCGGUUGAAAAUUGUUUAUACACAUCUGCUUGAGAAGGAUUGGGAGAAAGAGGCGUGGUUUGAGUUAGGUACUGCUUCCAGGGAUUACGAAAUAUAUCAUACCAAGCCCAAGUUGGACAGGGAAGCAAUUGAACGCGAAUUGGAAAUUGUCAAUGAAGAUCGAGAUUUCGGCGCUCUUUUGAAGAGGAUGCGUCGGCUAUUUGUCGAGUCUAUGAAGUGA